CGCUGCUGCCGUGUCUGUGCUGAGCUUGAUGGUCAGAUGUAGAAAGUUGCGGAGCUUAUGGAGGUAAUGAAAGUCUCAUAGGAAGCCGGUGCCUGGACUUACCAUAAAUGAAGGAAGGCCAACAGCUUAUUUCACUAUAUACAUGCUACAGACUCCCUUCUAUACUGUCUGUGGACCUGCAACGCUAACCAUGAGUUUACUGCUCUGUGAAUACAGAAGAUAUGCCCCCAAAGCUGCCCAGAUCCUUCUCAUCUCUGUCACAUGGUUCUGUAGUGUUGGUGGGCUCUCCAACUCCGAUUCUUCCAGACUAGCUUCUUAUUUUGGAACAAAAACCCGAUAUGAAGAAGUCAAUCCCUUUCUUCUGGUGAAUCCAUUAUUGGUUUCCAGAAAGCAUGAUCUACUGCCCAAUACUUGUACACCUCUUCAGGUUGUGUCAGUGAUCAGACAUGGUCGGAGAUAUCCAACUCAAAAACAAAUAAAGAAGAUGAAGAAGAUAUAUAACCUAAUUCAACAAAGUGAAAGCAAUUCAGAGCUGGUGAAGGAGCUACAGAGCUGGAACAUGUGGUACGAUGACUGGAUGGAUGGUCAGCUGGUAAAGAAUGGAGAGGAAGACAUGAAGAAUUUGGCUUAUAGAUUGGCUUCUCUCUUCCCAUCUCUGUUUACCGCAGACAAACUCGAGAAAUGUAAGAUGUCCUUCACCACCAGCUCUAAGCAUCGAUGUGUAGACAGCACAAAGUCUUUUAUCAAAGGUGUGACCCACAACUACCUCCAACUCCCAGAACUGCCAGAUACUGAGCAGGAAGCAGAUGGAACAUGUAGAGAACCUGUGGUGAAUGACACUCUCAUGCGUUUCUUUGACCAUUGUGAAAAGUUUGUGGUCCAGGUAGAAGACAAUGACACAGCAUUGCAUGAAGUGGACAAGUUUAAAAUAGGACCAGAGAUGCAGAAAGUAAUAAAUAACGUUGCUACUCUGUUAAGUGUUCCUAAGGAUCAACUAAACGCUGAUUUAAUCCAAGUAGCCUUUUUUACCUGCUCAUUUGAAUUGGCCAUUAACAACACUAUGAAUUCUCCGUGGUGCCGCCUGUUUGAUGAAGAAGAUGCAAAGGUCCUAGAAUACCUAAAUGACUUGAAACAGUACUGGAAACGUGGCUACGGGUUUGAUAUUAACAGCCGGUCCAGCUGUAACCUCUUCCAGCAUAUCUUCCAACAUCUGGAAACUGCCGUCUCUGAAAGCAAAAGGUCCCAGCACAUCUCUAAUCCGGUGGUCAUGCACUUUGGACAUGCAGAGACUCUCUUGCCACUGUUGGCUCUGAUGGGCCUGUUCAAGGAUGAGAAGCCUCUUACUGCGGACAACUUCUCUAGUCAAAAUGAAUUGAAGUUUCGCAGUGGCAGGAUUGUGCCGUACGCCUCAAACCUGGUGCUUGUCCUGUAUCACUGCGAGUUGGUGGAGAACUCGGAGGAAGAGUAUCAAGUACAGAUGUUACUGAAUGAAAACCUCCUUCCUUUCCCGCACUCACAGCAGUCUGUGUGUCUUUUUGAUGAUCUUAAAAAGCAAUACAGUCACCUACUUAGUAACUGCCGUGUUAGGGAGGAAUGUGAAUUGAUGAAGGCUGUUCAUGAGGAUGAACUAUAAGGCAGUCUAGCUUUAUCUGAGUUAUACAUUCACUCAUGCACAGAGAAUUUCUUUUUUUAAACAAUCGGCACAUCCAGGUAGAAACGCGUUAAUGCUUCAGUUUAAAAUCACAGAAUCAACACAAUCCUGUUCAGAUAACACAUUUCUACCUACUGUUUUUUUUUUUUCUCAAAACUUGGCUUUCAAAGAAAAUUCUCUGUGUUUGAAGUUGCAUAGGAACACAGACUGUGUAUAAGGCUGCAUUCACACCUGAGCGUUUUGUCGCCUGAAGCGCGACGCUCAAACGCUAGAGGGGAAAAAAUACAU